GCCUUCCCAACUGCACCUUCUUAUCUUAUAUACUUCUUUCAGCUUCUCACAAAAAUUUCUCAAGAUGGCUGGCAUAGCAUUCGGACGCUUCGAUGAUUCUUUUAGUUUUGCCUCCAUCAAGGCCUACAUUGCUGAGUUCAUCUCAACCCUUCUCUUUGUUUUUGCUGGUGUUGGUUCAGCCAUAGCCUAUGCUAAGUUGACAUCAGAUGCAGCUCUUGAUCCUGCUGGGUUGGUGGCUGUUGCCAUUUGCCAUGGUUUUGCUCUCUUCGUUGCUGUUUCAGUUGGAGCCAACAUUUCUGGCGGCCAUGUUAACCCUGCUGUGACCUUUGGGUUGGCUCUUGGAGGUCACAUCACCAUCCUCACCGGUCUCUUCUACUGGAUUGCACAGCUCCUUGGCUCCAUAGUGGCCUGCUUUCUCCUCAAGUUUGUCACUGGCUAUAAUAUUCCUAUCCAUGGUGUUGCUGCGGGAGUUGGAGCCGGAGAAGGAGUUGUUACUGAGAUCAUCAUCACAUUUGGAUUAGUGUACACUGUGUAUGCCACAGCUGCAGACCCGAAGAAGGGUUCACUUGGUACAAUUGCACCCAUUGCCAUAGGUUUCAUCGUUGGUGCAAACAUCUUAGCUGCAGCACCAUUUUCUGGGGGAUCCAUGAACCCUGCACGUUCCUUUGGCCCUGCAGUUGUCAGCGGUGACUUUCAUGACAACUGGAUCUACUGGAUUGGCCCUCUUGUUGGUGGUGGUUUGGCUGGUCUUAUCUACACCUAUGCCUUCAUUCCCACCCAGCACCAUGCACCUCUCGCCACUGAUUUUUGAUUCACUCAAUACCCUUUGUUAAUCGCAUGGUUUAGUUUCUAUGUAAUAAAGGAGGAAAACUCACUCUUGUUUUUCCUUCUUUUCAUCUCAGCCUUAUCUUUUUCAUUUUGCUUUUAAUGUAAAGUUGGAGUCAUUGUUUUCUUGUACGAAUUCAUGAGGUUGCUGAUGUAGUUUUUCUUAAA